AUGGCAAGCAAGAUGUUCUUCAUAGUGACAAUAGCAUUGGCUAUUGGCUGUGGCCAUGGAUUUUCAGACCUUCAGAUGGGUAGUCUGAAGUGUGCAGUCGCAGCAUAUGACAGAAUCGCAUGUUUCGGAGAGGAAGUUACAAAAGAACAAUGCAAUGCCAGGCGGUGUUGUUAUGAUAAUAGGCAAUCUGGUGCAAUCUGGUGCUUUAGACAAAGAGAUCUCAGACCUGGAUGCUAUGUUGACCCUGCCGAAAGAGUUGCAUGUGCAGGUGAAGGAGUGACACCCGCUGAAUGCAGGGAGAAAGGCUGCUGUUUUCAUGCAUUAACUGGUCAAGUUUGGUGCUAUAAACUUAACGAAUCAGAGGAUGCCUGGAAAUGUGCUGUCCCCAUUACCAAGAGAGUUGCAUGCGCUGGCGCAGGCGUCACACCUGCUGAAUGCAAGGAAAAAGGUUGUUGUUACAAUUCAAGCAUCUACAAUACCGUAUGGUGCUUUAAACCUCAAGUAUAACUCAUCUAUAAAAUGGAAUUGUUCAAGAGUUCAAGAUGAGAACAAAGUUGAAGAUUAGUGAAUAAUUCCUCUUCAUUCUAGUGAUUUCUUUUUUUUUGUGCUAAACCUAACAAUGAUUUAAAUUAUAUUCUAUGUCAGAUGCAUGUUCCCUCUAAGGCAUGAGCAUGCUGUUUUUGUACAUUUAGGGCUAUAUUACAAGUGGCACGCUAUUGCUAACGCGGGUCACAAUAUCCAAUAUCGCAACUGUGCACAUAUUACAAGCUGAAAAGAAACGGAUGAGCUUGUGCGUAAAUAAAUUUGUACUUGUUGGGUUAGAGGUUACCGUAAAGACUAAAGUGCACCAAACACAACAUAAAUACAUUAAUAAUAAGUGUUACACUCAUAUAUAUACACUAUCUGAUAACAAUUAUUCAUAUCAAUAUUAAGAAAAUAUCUUUAGAAGGGUUCAAAGGUAUAUAGUAUAUGUAUAAGUUUAAAUAUGUGUGUGUGAAUAUAUAUAUAUAUAUAUACAGUAUAUAUAUAUAUACAGUAUAUAUAUAUAUAUAUAUAUUGUAUAUAGAUGUGCCUUUAUGUAUUUACUGUAUAUAUGUAUAUACAUACAUAUAUAUAUACACAAAUUAACACAUAUAUACACCUGUAUAGACAUAUACGCACAAACACACACACACAUAAACUGUAUAUAUAUAUAUAUAUAUAUAUAUAUAUAUAUACAUACACACACUUUGGAGACCUUUCCACUCAAAUACCUUAAAACAUGAAAAACAAUUUUUAAAAAUUGUAAUAUUUUAUAAUGGGCCAGAUUACAAGUGGAGUGCAAAUUAAUGCUUCAGCUUGAGCAUUAAUUGCUCUAGAAGUAAGCUUUAUUGCGCUUGUUGGGUUGCACUCGUAUUACAAGUUGAAAAGUAAACUGUAUUUUGGCUCUUGCGCUAAACUGACACGCGCAAAAGCCGGAGUUAGAAUAUAACGUGCACGUUCACGGAUUCCCACAAAGAAGUCAAUGAAGAAAAAAAAAGUUAAAAAAAAACACCACACUCUGGCACAAACCCGAUCACAUAUUCUCAUUUACACUAACCCAACAAAAAAAUAUGAAUAUUUCACAAUCUAAUGUUCUUCAAAUAACAAAAUAUGUUCUUUUUAUUCAUAAAUACAUGUUUAUAUAUACAGUAUAUAUAUAUAUAUAUAUAUAUAUAUAUAUAUAUAUAUAUAUAUACUCAUAUAUAUAUAUAUAUAUAUAUAUAUAUAUAUUUAUACAUUUAUAAAUAUGGUGGUGAUUGAUGCAUGGUAUAAACUUCCACAAGAGGUGGUAAUGACAAACACUAUGGGGGACUUUAAGAAUGCCUAGGAUAAGCAUAAGGCUAUCUCCUAUGAACUAGAUAAGUUCAUACUUUUAGGAAAUAUCGAGCAGCCUUGCUGGGCCUAUGGCUCUUAUCUUCUGUAAAAUAUUCAUAACUCACUUUGAGUUGAAAGCUGCAGAUCUAAUGAAGUAUCUAUUGAUUUAUGUACAAAAAUCCUCAUAGACUUUAAUGGUGUUGUUAGUUUUUUAAUAUAAAUGAUUGUGAUUAAAAAUGAGAAUGCAAAUGUAUGACAGCCUGCUAAGAUAAGUGAUUAAAUGCAAUACGUAAUAAAUGAGCAGAAAUUACAAUUUUAUUUUAA